CAAAAACGUCACAAAACUCAAAACGUCAAUUUACCUCAACAUGUCAAAAGUGUGCAAAACUUUGCAUCAUUUCUUUCAGAAUUUCAACUAAAAAUUUAAGAAGAAAAUUUAUUUUUAUCCAAUUAAAUCUCAAUCAAAUUUCAAUUAAAUGGUCUAAGUUAUGCAGACAACAACAAGGACGUUCAUCACUUUUUCAUGGGCAACAAAGCAAACGACGAAACUUGCUCCAAAGUUUCAACGCUCCUCUUUUCGAGGAUGACCUAGAGAUUCUUCCUAGUUUUCAUUUUGAACAAAAUUUAUGCAAAAAAAAAAAAAUCUUAAAUAAAGUCUGAUGUCCUGAGAACAACUUGAAACUAAGAGAUUAAUAAAAAAAAAAACAAAAAGAAAAACUGAUACGAACUAAACAAAAAAUUCUCCAAAAAACUCUCCAAUGAAACCCGAAAUAAUGGCCAGUAAUACUUACAUCAAAACCAUCGAGUGGGACAUGAUGGACAAGAAGAAAUUCUUUCCUCUGUCCAUGUUAAGCUCGUUCUCGGUGCGUUGUUGUCUCUUCCCUCUGACAGUGAUCAAAACACAACUCCAAGUGCAGCACAGAAGCGAUGUCUACAAAGGCAUGAUCGAUUGUGCUUUCAAAAUAUACAAAUCCGAAGGUGUUCCAGGAUUGUAUCGAGGCUUUUGGAUAUCCUCGGUGCAAAUUGUAUCGGGGGUAUUCUAUAUAAGCACGUACGAAGGAGUGAGACAUAUAUUGAAUGAUUUCGGUGCUGGUCAUCGAAUGAAGUCUCUGAUAGGAGGCGGAUGCGCCUCGUUGGUCGGCCAGACCAUUAUAGUGCCAUUCGAUGUGAUAUCGCAACAUGCAAUGGUGCUGGGCAUGGGCAUGGGUGGCAAGUCGCAUAUGAAUCCCUUAGGAAUUAAUACUGGACCGAAUAGGAGUAGAUUAAAUAUUUCAUUAGACAUUGCCAAAGAGAUUGUGCGGAGGGAUGGAUUCAAAGGAUUCUAUCGUGGUUAUACGGCCAGUUUGAUGGCUUAUGUACCAAAUUCAGCUUUAUGGUGGGUUUUCUAUCACAUGUAUCAAGAGGAAUUGUGUCGAGUUUGUCCACCUUAUGUGUCGCAUCUAUUAAUUCAAUGUGUAGCUGGUAGUUUAGGAGGUUUUACAACAACUAUUAUUACAAAUCCUUUGGAUAUUAUUCGAGCGCGAUUACAGGUGCAGCGAUUAGAUUCAAUGAAAGUCGCCUUCCGAGACCUUUGGGCUGAAGAGAGAAUGAAUGUAUUCUUCAAAGGACUAUCUGCCCGUCUAGUCCAAUCAGCAGCCUUCUCGUUUAGUAUAAUCCUCGGUUAUGAAACAAUCAAGCGAAUAGCCAUAGACGAACAGUACAAACAUCUCAUACGUUGGUAAAUAAAGCAAAAAAAACUCUCUUACUAUCUGUCAGAUUCACACAAAAAUUAAAAAUUGUUUAACAAAAAAAAAAAUGACUUGAUGAUAAUUCAUCAAUAUCUAUUUUAACAACAUUUUUGAGCACAAAAAAAAAGAAAACAUAUAAUUAUAAAUCUAUUGUAAUAAAAUAAUAUUUAUUUUGCAUUUAUGACAAAGAACAAUAAAAAAAAGAAGAAUCAAAUUAAUACAGAAAAUUGCCAUCAAUUGAGAGUUGAAUAAAAAAAUAACAAACGAUACUAAACAAAAAUCUUUAAAAAAAAAACCAAAGAGAUUUGAAUGCGCGUUUCGCCCGAUUAACUUUUCAUCCACCGAUGAAUUAUAUGAAACAAAUACAACAAAAUAAAAUAAAUAUUGUUAAUUUAAUUUAUUUAUUUUAUAUACAAAAAAAUUAUAAAUAAAAUCAUAAAUGAAAACAAAAAAAAAAUUAUUGAAAUAAGAAUUAGGAUUUAUUUUUUUUUUUUUCAAUAGAAAACAAUUUAUAUUAUUUGCAUUCCAUUCAAUCAAGAUUGUUCAUUCUAUUUGAACAGAAAACAAAAAAAAAUAUAUGUAUCAAUGAAGAUUGUACAGUUUAAUUGAAAAUUGUUGAAAAACUGGUUUGUUUUUUUUUUUUGGUAAAACAUUUAUGCCCAAUCUUGGAUAACUGACCCUUUGUGGUAGUUAAGUUGCUGUACAAUCAUAUUCAAAGAAAAAAUAUUAUUUUUGUUUUUUCAUAAAAUCAUGCUGUUUUUUUGAAAAGCUUUAUUUUGUAAAACAAAUUUUUGUCAUAAAAAAUAUUAUUAAAUAAUUUAUUGUAAGACCAGCAAAAGUUACAAAGAAGAAAACUUACUAUUUUACAAAGAAAAGUUUUUUUUUUUUUUUCAUUUUAAAUGACGCCACUGUAAAUAUGUAAUUUUAUUUAUAUAAUUAUUUUUUUUAGUUAAUUCUCAGUUAUAUUAUAUCCUCCAAACCUCAUUGUUAUUUAUUAAUACCAAACCAAAAUUACAACAACAACAAAAAAGAUAGAAAAUAAGUUCAAAUAUUAUAAAUACAUAUUUAUAUUAUUCUGUUUGCCAGAAUAACUUUUGUUGAGUUUAUAUAAAAUUUUUAAAUUUAUAUUAUAAAUAAAAUGAAAUACAAAACAUGUAUGUAAUGUAUAAGUAGUAGUAUGUAUUACUUAGAUAAAUGGACGAAUCGAGGACAGAAACAAACAAAACAAAAAUAACAACAAAGUAGUUACCACUUAAAUGUUCUUUAUUAUAAAAUAAAAAAAAAAUAUAUAAUUACAUGAAAAUA